GGAGUUUCCCACAAUGCCCCGCUGCAGUGCGGCCGCCGAUGGAUGCUGUGCGGUCGCGCUGCCAUUUGCAGCCGCCGCGGCUCGCAGCGCGCCCCGCGGCCCCGGCAGCUGCGGUCCCCCGGCCGCCGCCGCCCCCCAGCGCCUGCAGCCGCCGGCCGGCCCUCCCCUGCCCCCGCCUCCUCCUCCUUGUCGGCCCCGCUGCCCCGCCGCAAUGAACCCCCCCGCCGCGGCCGGCGGGGAGGAGACGGGGGCGGCGGGCGGCGGCGGCUGCCGGGGGGCCGAGGGCGGCGGGGAGGCGGCGGGCGCCGCCGGGAUCCCGGAGGAGCAGGGGCUGUCAGCGGCGGACGAGUCUCUGGAGGAGAAGCUGCGGAGCCUCACCUUCAGGAAGCAGGUGUCCUACAGGAAAGCAAUCUCCAGGUCAGGCCUCCAGCACUUGGCUCCUGUGCAUUCCCUCAACAUUCCAGUCACCAAUGGACCUGUGAAGGAACCAAGAGCGGCCUUAGAGUGGACUGAAAAUGCUGUGAAUGGAGAGCAUCUGUGGCUGGAGACGAAUGUUUCUGGGGACCUCUGCUACCUGGGGGAGGAGAGCUGCCAAGUCAAAUUCUCAAAGUCUGCCCUGCGGAGGAAGUGUGCUGCCUGCAAGAUCGUGGUCCACAACGCCUGCAUGGAGCAGUUAGAGAAGAUUAAUUUUCGCUGCAAACCAACUUUCCGAGAAGGAGGCUCCAGAUCUCCAAGAGAAAACUUUGUGCGGCAUCACUGGGUGCACCGGCGGAGGCAGGAGGGCAAAUGUAAGCAGUGUGGAAAGGGCUUUCAGCAGAAAUUCUCCUUCCAUAGUAAAGAGAUUGUGGCCAUCAGUUGUUCCUGGUGCAAGCUGGCGUUUCAUAACAAAGUCACCUGUUUCAUGCUACAUCACAUUGAGGAGCCAUGUUCCCUGGGGGCUCAUGCUGCUGUCAUUGUGCCUCCCACCUGGAUCAUUAAGGUGAAGAGACCUCAGGUGGUCUCCAUACCAGGAGACGAGCCUGAUUGGGCAGGAGACUGGAGCCCCGAAGGGGAAACGGGCGUCUCCUACCCCUUUUGGGAGGGUUGGCAGAACUCCUUAAAGACUUCAACAAGGCGAAAGAAGAGAACAUCCUUUAAAAGAAAAGCCAGCAAACGAGGAAAUGAAGAUAACAAAGGCCGGCCUUUUGUGAUAAAACCUAUCUCCUCUCCGCUCAUGAAGCCACUGCUGGUUUUUGUCAAUCCAAAAAGUGGAGGGAAUCAGGGCACCAAGGUUCUCCAAAUGUUUAUGUGGUAUUUGAAUCCACGCCAGGUCUUUGAUCUCUCUCAGGAAGGGCCAAGAGAUGCGCUGGAGCUGUACAGAAAAGUGCCGAACCUGAGAAUCCUGGCGUGUGGUGGGGAUGGGACGGUGGGCUGGAUCCUGUCCAUCCUCGAUGAGCUGCAACUCAGCCCCCCACCUCCUGUGGCUGUCCUUCCACUUGGCACUGGGAACGACCUUGCACGCACCCUCAACUGGGGUGGGGGUUACACAGAUGAGCCUGUGUCUAAGAUCCUGUGCCAUGUAGAAGAUGGAACCAUUGUCCAGCUGGACCGUUGGAAUCUCCAGGUUGAGCGCAACCCUGAUUUGCCCCAGGAUGAGCUGGAGGAUGGGGCACGUAAGCUUCCCCUCAAUGUCUUCAAUAAUUACUUCAGUCUUGGAUUUGAUGCACAUGUUACGCUGGAGUUCCAUGAAUCCAGAGAAGCAAAUCCAGAGAAAUUCAACAGCCGAUUUAGAAAUAAAAUGUUUUAUGCCGGGGCAGCCUUUACAGACUUUCUGCAAAGAAGCUCAAGAGAUCUAUCCAAGCAUGUUAAAGUUGUGUGUGAUGGUACAGACCUGACUCCAAAGAUCCAGGAGCUGAAGUUCCAGUGUAUAGUGUUUUUAAACAUACCCAGGUAUUGUGCUGGCACAAUGCCCUGGGGGAACCCUGGUGACCACAGAGACUUUGAGCCCCAGCGUCACGACGAUGGCUACAUUGAAGUCAUUGGGUUCACGAUGGCCUCGCUGGCUGCUCUCCAGGUGGGUGGUCACGGAGAGCGGUUGCACCAGUGCCGGGAGGUGACGCUUUUGACGUACAAGUCUAUCCCCAUGCAAGUGGACGGCGAACCCUGCCGGCUGGCUCCCUCCCUCAUCCGCAUCUCCCUAAGGAACCAAGCCAACAUGGUGCAGAAAAGCAAGAGGAGAACGUCCAUGCCUUUGCUGAAUGAUAUCCAUAAAGUGCAGUCUGCUGACCUGAGGAGAGUCUCGGCUCCCCCUGAUUCCUUCACUGUUCCUCAUUCCAUCCCAGAUCGCCUGCGGAUCAGAGUGAACAGGAUUAAUUUACAAGAAUACGAGGGGCUACAUUACGACAAGGAAAAACUCCGGGAAGCUUCCAUUCCCCUAGGGAUCAUAGUUGUACGAGGAGAUUGUGACUUGGAGACUUGUCGUAUGUACAUUGACCGUCUGCAAGAGGACCUACAGUCAGUAACCUCUACUACACAAAGAGUUCAUUACCAGGACCAGGAAAGCUCUUUCCCCAGAGUACUUUCUGUUCAGAGGCUCUCUCCUAGGUGGUGCUUCCUAGAUGCAACUUCUGCUGAUCGUUUUUACCGCAUUGACAGAUCUCAGGAACAUUUGCACUUUGUGACGGAAAUUUCGCAGGACGAGAUUUUUAUUCUGGACCCAGAGAUGGUAAUGUCUCAGCAGGUGGGGACACCACCAGGAAUGCCUGAUCUGGUAGUGGAGCAGGCAACUGGAAUAUUGGAGCGGUGGAACCCUGCGGUUCGGAAGAGGAUGCUGAGCGACAGCGGCCUUGGAAAGAUUUCUCCCCACUACGAGGUACCUGACAAACAAAAGGACGCCAGCCAGACACAUAUGCUGCAGUCACCGGUUUCUUCAGAAGAUCAAGCACUUUUACAGGCAGUCAUAUCUGGUGAUCUACUGAAGUUCAUAGAAUGUUGUAAAAAAGGAGCCAAUUUGUUAAUCCAAGGACCUGAUCACUGCUCCUUAUUGCACCAUGCUGCCAAGACUGGGAACAGCGAGAUUGUGAAAUACAUCCUGGAGCAUGGUCCAUCUGAAUUACUGGACAUGACAGACAGUGAAACGGGUGAGACAGCAUUACAUAAGGCAGCCUGCCAGCGCCACCGCGCCGUCUGCCAGCUCCUGGUGGAUGCGGGAGCCUCUCUGAGAAAGACAGACUCCAAGGGUAAGACCCCUCGUGACAGGGCUCAGCAAGCUGGUGAUCCAGAUCUGGCCUCCUACCUAGAGAGUCGACAAAACUAUCAGAUGGUUUCCCACGAGGACCUGGAGACAGCAGUCUGAUGUCUGAAAAUGUCCGGGAGGAUCCCUGGAAAUCUCGAGACUGCACCUGAGGCACUCGGGCAUUGUGUGGGGAAGAAACUGAUGGAAUCCACGUGUCUCUCACUCUUGAGGAAAAUACCUGAGGACAUGCCACCAGUUUCUAAGGGCUACUAGUCUUGCCGCGGAACGGUUAUGUUCCAUAAAUUAGCCCAUGAUGGAUGAGGUGGGACACUCAAAGGUCUGUGGAAUCCAUAGGCCACAAAAAUUUACCUUUAUUGCUUCCAGCAAGUAGCAUGAACUUCUCCCAUGUUCAUCUGUAUAAUUUAUUAAAAAAAAAAAAAGAAAAGGAAAGAGUAAAGAGAGUGUGGGGGAACAAAAUCAAAACAAACUGGUACAUUAAGCCACCCAACCAGGCUGUCCUCCAUCCUUACAGUUUCUUGCAUUGCUUUUAUUCUCCUGUUCCCCUCACUUCUCAUCAGUAAAAUAUUACCUGUUAUCUCUGUGUUGUCUUCACAAAUGGUCAGGCAGUAGCAAAAUGUUUGAGGAGCUCUGGAUGCCCUUAAGAAAUAUCCAGUGUUUUUACCAGCUACAUUCCCUCCCCUGCCAUCCUCUUGGAAGCUGUGUUGUCAGUACUGAGCCCCCACGGAGUUUCCUUGCUUUUGGAGGGGAUGGUGCUUAUUGCCUUGUUUCCCAGGGUUUGGGGCACAGUGAUGUUUACAGCAGUGACAAAACCCAACCUCAUAGUGGCUGGGCAUGCAGUUAUGGUAUGCUCACAAGACAGGCAUUUGUAUGGAAAGGAGCUCUAUGGAUAUACCAUGCUGAAUGGCAGAGCAGAAAGUCAUCAGGAAGGUUUCUCAUAUCACUUUCAUGCGUGUAAUGGCUGACCCAGUUCUUCUCAGGUUUCAGGCCUGCCUAGAAGUUGGUAGCUUCUUUAGUUCUUUACUUCUGAAAAGAUGGGCUUUGCACUGAGGAGAGAUUUGUGCAAGACUGAGGGAACUCUGAUGGACUCAAUGACAGACCUAGUCCCCUUUGCAGCACAGCCUGAGGGAGGAAGGAGACCUGGAACAUCAGCAGCCAGCCUGGGCUCACUGCUGCCAACAAACAAAUGGGCACUGGCCUGGUCACAUCGGGAAUGGGAAAACCUUCUUUGGCUGAACCUGUAAAUUAUCUGAUUUUUCAAGGGAACCAAGUUUUGGGGAGUCUGUCCCUGGAGAACGACAAGCAGCAGCUCUUUGCCUUGUUACCCACAAUAGGUUUGAAAUAUAAAGCUUAGCUGCUGUAAAGGCCAGCUGUGUCUUCUGUACUCAUCUGUUCUCUGUCUUAUAACCAUAAAAGAAGAGAAAGCAAACAAAUACACAGGCAUAAAUAAAAUGUUUCAUCUUUGGGUUUCCAAUUGCUACAGAUAUCUCAGUUGAUAAAAUAGCAGAGCUUCCACUUCUACUUUGUCAGACCAGUACCCAUGAAGAUGCUCAUGGCGGACUUUUGGCCUAACUCUUGCAAUACGUUUUUGAAUUUUGCUUUGUUGUUUGAUUCGAAAGAUCUACCAGUGUUUGUUUUCACAUCCCUUGCUAGGGGUAGCUCUCUGAUAGAUGGUGAUCAUUGGGGUUACAUACAUUUGGAAACCAUGAAAAUAACUCAGGUCAUUAUCCAGAUACAUUUUUCUUCUUUGAUAGAAGUGGAGAAAAUCAAAUGAAUGCAAUUUUUUUUUUUUUUAAGCACGAGUGAUUGUUGUGGUAGGGAGGGGGAGCUGAACAAUAUAUUUUAAUUUUUUUCCUCUUUUCAAAAGUUCAUUUGAUAUGGGCAAAAUAUUUCUUUAGUAUUUCUUCCUCUGGAAGGAAACUAUAUAUAUUUGUAAUCUAUAGAUCAAUGGCGACAUGAAAUGUAUUUUGUCUUAUUUUCUGUCUUUACCUUUCUCAUUUAAAAAAUAAAAUAUGAAAGCCAAAUUACUUCCCUUGAUAAUUAUCCAGGGGCUUGUGGAGAAAAUAAGUAUGUGUAUAUAUUAGAACAGAAUUUGGCAACUGUUAAAAUAAAAACUCAGAAUAUA